GGAUUUCUCGCGAGACCACGGCGGCACUAAUGUGAGCGGAAGUAAAUCGAAUCUCUCUUUUCCGGCGGCCAUAGUGGAGUGAUCGAGAGGCCAUCAUGAAGCUCAAUCCAUUUGUGUCGUCGUCACGUCGCAAGAACCGCAAGAGGCACUUCAAUGCGCCCUCUCACAUCCGCAGAAAGAUCAUGUCCUCCCCUCUUUCCAAGGAACUGCGACAGAAGUAUAAUGUGCGUUCCAUGCCCAUCCGUAAGGAUGACGAGGUCCAGGUUGUACGAGGACACUACAAAGGCCAGCAAAUUGGCAAGGUUGUCCAAGUCUACAGGAAGAAGUACGUCAUCUACAUCGAGCGUGUGCAGCGCGAGAAGGCUAAUGGCACCACUGUGCACGUCGGCAUCCACCCCAGCAAGGUCGUGAUAACCCGGCUAAAGCUUGACAAGGAUCGCAAGAAGAUUCUGGAGCGCAAAGCAAAAUCACGACAGGAGGGCAAGGAAAAGGGCAAAUACAAGGAGGAGACUAUUGAAAAAAUGCAGGAGUGAAACUCAGACUUUGGCUAAUGACAAUAAAAGGAAAAAUCCA